UAAAUUCGCAACACGUGCUAAUUCAACGAUCUUAAAAAAGAAGGAUUUUCAGAGUGAUGACGUCAUUGUUGAAGAAUUAAUCAAAUUUGAAAGUGGACAUGCAGUUACUGUUCCUAAAAAAAGAUUGUCAAAAAAAACCAAAAAAACUCAUAGAAAUAAGUAUUUCUUCAGAGCCCUUAAAAAGCCUAACGUACAACGAUACAUUUCAACAUUUAUUGACUACUACGAAAGCAUUGAAACCAGAAACUCAGAGGAUUCGCAGUCAUGGUCAUACAUGGAACUGUUAGGCAAUGAAAACAUACCAUCGACACCAUGGCCUCAGUCUUCAGCACAACAGUGUACAGAAGAUCUUCAAGGACCAUCCAUGCCCGCUAUGGUGGCACCACAGCCUACAGUAGAAAUAAAGAAGUCAAUAUUUCCUAUGCAGAUGGUGCCACAACCAAACCAAACACUGCAGUGUUCAGGUUCUGCACAGAUGGUGCCAGACCUGCAAGGUCCAUUAAGUCAGGGGUCAAAUAUGCCAAUGAUAACACAGCAACAGUGGUGUGCAUCAAACUUGCAAGGGCGAACCGUGCCUAUACAGAUGGCUUCUGAGCUGCAAAACUCUAAUGCAGUAGAUUCCGGCAUGCCAGAGACACAACCAUCAGCAACACGCCCACCAGGAAGUAAGCCAGGAGAGCUUAGGCGAUCUCCUCGGAAAAACCAGAAACCAGUCAUGUUGGCAGAUGAAAUACCAGAUGACAAUGGGAAAGUUGCUCUGUUGAAACAGUAUCCCAACGUCAAGGUGGAUGCCAAACAGUUGCGGGCAGCAAAGAAAGCUGCAGUCAACAUUGGAGGUGAUAAAGCCUCAUACAAGUUGUCCUCAAAAAUUGUGAAACAACUCUUCACCACCCAAGAGCUGGCAAACUCCCGAGGGCUGGGACUACGUGGAAAAAAAGAUACUAGUAAUGUGCGGUUACCACUGGAUGAAUGCUGAGUAAAUGUUCUGAAAGCUUAUGUCUCAUGUUGGUGCAAAAUUAAUGGGAAAGGCUGAUUCCAGAGACAAGGACAUUAAUGAUGCAAUCACAGAACAGAUCAGCUAUGCAAGAAAGAAGCUAAGAAUUGUUACCUGAACACUUUGAUUAUUUCAGCUGUGGACAGUUUUUUUUGGACUGUUUAGCCUUUUACCCAUAGUCAAGUUUUAUAAAGACAUUUCUUACCUGAAGAUACAAUUUGAAAGCAAUAAUAAUAAUUAGUUUCAAUUUAAAUUCUAGGUCUCUUUAUAUUACACUAUAUUGGAAAAACUGGACACUGUUUUAUAACUUUUGCCUUUUUUGCUGUUUGACAUAUUAACCACCUGAAAAAUAAUUUUGCAUUCAGUCACUAAGUUUGGUUUUAAUGAAGUAUAGUUAUGUACAUGUAUAUACAUUGUCAUGUCACAUUCUCACAAGAUGUAAUUGAUCAAAUUUUGUUAGUUGUGCAUUGUGGAUAGUAACACUGGUAUCAUACUGUGUCUGAAUAAUUAGUGUGUGUGAUUUACAAUUAUGCCAGCUGUUCAACAUGGACUUUAAAGAAUUUAACUGGACAGAUUUGAUUUUAUUUAUCAUGUAUAGUGAUUGGACUGUGUGAUUUUGAGCAGCUACAUUAGGCAUGACUUUUUCUCAUUUUUUUUUCUGUGUAUAA